GAGCAGGAUUUCGGGAGUAAAUCCGUGCACCUGGAGUGGAAUUUAUGCAGGGCAAAUCAGAACGACCUGGGAAAUAGGACGGUCUCAGAAGUCGGAGCAAGGCAGAGUGAUUUUUGUCAGUGUAAUGCUGAGGUCUGAGAUGCUGUCUCCAGCCCAUUCCCAAAGGCUCCCAGCAGGAGAGGUCCUGAACAGCGGGAACAAUCUCGUUCCACUCCAAGAAUGACUCUGGCAAUAGCUGCCGUGGUUAAAAGACCACCUCACCUGAUGGCCGGAUCCCUGUAACAAUACACAACUGUUUUAGCUGAACAAUAAGUAAUUUAUUCAAAGCGUUCACACUGGGGGAAGGGAGGGGGAACCGAAACAAAAGGAACAACUCAGCUUUAAAUAAAUUCCCUUUUGAAUUAGAAGGCAAACAGAGGCAUUGCUCAUUCAGCCAGUGGCAAUACUUUGAAUACGGUUGUACGGAGGGCUGAAUUUCCAUGCUUUGAUCUCGGAAGAGAGAAAUCGAGCCGUUAAUCUCUGCUUUGCAGGCUUUGCGCUGGGAAAUCUUAGAAUCCUUCUACAGAUCGGCCGCCUGGCGCCGCUGCUGACCGCGGAAGCUCCGCGCAGCUCCCAUUCCGCCUCCCCUGCGAUUCGGGCGGGCGGGGCUGCACCAUCUCGGGCUGCUCCGUUCGGGGGUCGGCAGCUGUAUCGGCAGCUCCGUCCGGCUCACAGGAGAGGAGAUCGGGUCGCUGGAAGGGAAUGAAGCUGAGGAAGAGCGAGGAACCCCUCCCGGGGAGGGCGGUGGCUCUGAUCAUUGUCCUCUGCGUCUCGGAGAUGAGAGCAGAAAGCGCUCGGUACUCUGUGCCCGAAGAGGCGGAGAGAGGCUCUUUCGUGGCGAAUAUCGCUAAGGAUUUGGGACUAACCGGUGAGGAAUUAUUGGCUCGUCAGGCUCGACUCGUUCCUGAAGGAGAAAAGCAGUAUUUACAACUGAACCAGCACACCGGGGAUUUGGUGGUGAGAGAGCAGAUGGACCGGGAAGAGCUGUGUGGACAGAGCGAACCCUGCUUGGUGCGUUUUGAGGUGCUGCUGGAGAACCCUCUGCAGUCCUUCCGAGCUGAGGUAAGACUCACCGACAUAAAUGAUCAUGCUCCUUUGUUCUUAAAUAAAGAGAUUGUUUUAAAGAUCCCUGAAUCUGCACUGCCGGGGACUCGGUUUUUGCUGGAAAGCGCUCACGAUCCAGACGUGGGGAACAACAGUCUUCAGCAUUAUAGUAUCAGUUCGAACGAAUAUUUCCUUGUGUACACCCGGCGGCGGAGUGAUGGCAGGAGGUACGCCGAGCUGGUGUUGGAUCGAGCCCUGGAUCGGGAGCAGCAGGCAGAAGUUGCUUUCAGCAUCACGGCUGUGGAUGGUGGGACUCCACCGCGUUCUGGCACAGCUUUAAUCCGCGUGAUAGUCCUGGAUGUAAAUGAUAACAUCCCGGUAUUUUCCCAGACUCUGUAUAAAGUGUCUGUAAUGGAAAAUAGCUCACAGGAUGCCAUCGUGGUGGUAGUGUCUGCUAGUGAUUUGGACUCAGGCACAAAUGGAGAAAUUGUCUAUUCCAUAGUUCAAAAUUCAGAGGAAAAUUUAGAGACAUUUAAAAUAAACCCAGAGACAGGUCAGAUUCGACUCAAAAAGCUUUUGGAUUACGAAGAAACAAAAACCUACGAGAUAGAUGUUCAGGCCUUAGAUGGAGGGGGCCUGUCCACGCAUUGCAAGGUGGAGGUGCAGGUGAAGGACGUGAACGACAAUGCCCCCGAGGUGAUCAUCACCUCGCUCACCAGCACCCUCUCUGAAGCCGCUCCGCCGAACACCGUGGUCGCCCUCUUCAACGUGCGGGACCGGGACUCGGGGGACAAUGGCAGGACAGCCUGCGAGCUGACAGGAGAGCAACCCUUCAGGAUCACGCUGCUGGCAGCUGACGCGUACGCGCUGGUGACAUCAGAGACGCUGGACCGGGAGCAAGUGGAGGAGUACAACGUGACGGUGCGAGCUCGAGAUGAGGGCUCCCCCGCCCUCUCAGCAUCCAAGACCCUGCUCGUACGGCUCCUGGAUGUGAACGACAAUGCGCCCACCUUCACCCAGGCUAUUUACACCAUGGUGAUCAGCGAAAAUGAGCCCGCGGGGAGGAGCCUGGGCUGCCUCAGUGCCACAGACCCUGAUGCGGGAGAAAACUCCCGCGUGAGAUACGCGCUAGUGAGGCCACUGACAGUGACUAGUGAUGCCCUCGCCGCGGCAUCAUUCGUGUCAGUGGACGCGGAGAGUGGAACCGUCCGGAGUUUGCGCCCGCUGGACUAUGAGAAGGUCCCUUCCUUCGAGGUGACAGUGAGCGCAGCCGAUGGUGGCUCCCCGCCGCUCAGCGCCCAGGCCGUGCUUCGCGUGGUCGUGCGGGACGAGAACGACAACGCACCCGUCCUGCUGCACCCGGCCCCCGACAGCAGCGCGGCCGGAGAGCUGGUGCCGCGCUGGGCACCCUCCGGCUACUUGGUGGCCAAGGUGGUGGCGGUGGACGCGGACGCGGGGCAGAACGCGUGGCUGUCGUACGAGCUGGCCAAGGCGACGGAGCCGGGGCUGUUCCGCGUGGGGCUGCACAGCGGCGAGGUGCGCACGGCGCGGGCCGUGUCCGAGCGGGACGCAGCCCGGCAGAGGCUGAUCGUGCUGGUGCGGGACCGCGGGCGGCCGGCGCGCUCUGCCACCGCCACCCUCGCCGUGGCACUGGUGGACAAUCUCUCUGAUGCCUUUCACCAGCUUGGCCAUGAUCCUGCCAGCGGACAGCAGCCACAGACGGCAGAGGAGGAAAUGCUCACCACUUACCUCGUAGCCUCCCUGUGCUGCGUCUCGUCCCUUUUCCUUUUGUCUGUCCUCGUCUUGACAGCGAAUACACUCUGCAAAGCUCGUGUCCGCGCAGAACUUCCUCCUCCUUCUCCCAGCUGUUACGUGGACGGAGACCUUGCCAGCGAUGGGGUGACCGUGGGCAGCACGGGAACUCUGUCACUGCCUUACCGCUACGAAAUGUGUCUGACCAGUGGCUCGGGGAGGAGCGAAUUCCAGUUCCUGAGGCCCAUCCUGCCCAGCCCUCCUAUCAAUGCUGAGGCUGGGCAGGACAAGGACAAGGAGCUGCUACACCACUCGCAGCCUGCCUGCGACAGGGAAGACCAAGCGGGGGGAACAGCCGCUCCUACCUAUUAGCAGCAGGACUGGAAAGUAAGUGUGCAUGUCCAUGCCUGAGCCGUGCUGGGAUGCACCUUAUCCGUCCCCAGUCUGAGAUUUCCCAGUAAAUUGCACAGCCGUUCAUUCUGUUAUAGGUGUACUCUCCCAGUGUAGGCUCCAGGCCGGUUUCUCCUGCUAGAGAAGGUGCCGCUGUCCCUCUAACUUCAGCCUCUGCCUCACGCUGCCCUGAAAAUGAAAAUGCGUUGUGCCGCUCUUGCUUCCGCUUGCCUUGAAGGACGCGGAAUUCGCCUGUACCUAAAAGAGAGCGCACCAGACCUCGGGUUCAGGCCAGCGAUAGGUGAGGACGGACACGGAGAAGCUGCCGGCGAUGCUCCUGCGCCAGGACUCCUCCAAGACUAACGCCGAAAUCCGUAUCACUUUUCUCCCUAGAUGAUGUGAUCGCAUUCUGCCACAGGAGCCCCCCGCGUGUGCGCUCCGGUCCGGGGCGAGCGGCAGCGCGGGCUGCGGGCGGCGGCGGGCGCAGU